AUGUGUAAAAAAAAUUAUUACUAUAAUUAAAAACAUUAGUGCAAAUUUAUCAACGAUAUAGACAACUUUGUUAAUAAGUUGAGUUAUUAAGUANUUGGAACUGAAAUAAAUUAAUUUGGAUUUACAACAUAUAAAGGAGUAAGUCAUAGAUGUGGAAUCGCAAAAGGACUAUCGUUUUCUCAUCACUUUCCACUUCAUACAUUUACUUCAGCAAGAGGGUCUUAUGAUAAAUUUUUAGAUUUUAUCGCUUUUAGAGUAGUCCCACUUACUAUAGAUUAAAUAAGAAAAUUAGUAACACUUAAUUUUAAUGCAAUUAGGGUUUAAGCUAAUAGUAAGAUAAUAUAAAUGUUGUAGUUACCCAAACUACUUAACCUCCUCCACCUAUUUCAUAUCCUCCUCAGAAUUAAUAAUAUCCUCCACCUGGAUAAUAAUAUCCUCCACCUGGAUAAUAAUAUCCACCACCUGGAUAAUAAUAUCCACCACCUGGAUAAUAAUUUCCUCCUCCAUAAUAAUAUCCACCACCUGGAUAAUAUCCGCCUCCUGGCUAAUACCCACCACCUGGAUAAUACCCGCCUCCUGGAUAAUAUCCUCCACCAGGUUAUCCACCACCUUAAAAUACAACGGUCAUCAUCGAGAAACAAGCUCCUCCACCCCCUUAACCUUAAAAAAGUGGUGGUGGUGCUGCAGUUGCAGGAGCACUUAUAGGAGGUGCUUUGAUUGGAGCUGCAUUAGCUAAUAAUAAUAAUCAUCAUCACAACCACGGCCCAAAUGUUGUGAUUGUGAAGAAACAUGGCCAUCAUCAUCAUCAUCAUCAUUGA